GUCAACUUCGCGACAGAUCACGGCGUGCCGGCGGGGUAAACAAGUCAGUUUAAUGAUAAGAAGAGAGUCGCCGCCAACCAGUCGCGCGAGCCCGCCCGCCCAACGCACGUGUGUGAAGUUGCAACAGAUAACAACAAAUAGUUAAAUUCAACCUUAUGGAUAAGCAGUGGGCCGAGAGGCGCGACUAUGAGACACCAUUGGAUUACGUGUACAGAAACAUGGAGAAGGAAUCCACUACGAAGGUUGUAGAGGCCAUGUCUGAAGCCAGGGUUGGGAUGUCUUCAUGGGAGGCCCAUGGGAAUGUGUGGAGUGCUGCUGUGGGGGCAGUAAUUGGGGCUGGAACUGUGCUGCUGAUUGCUGCUGCCAUUUUUAUGUGGAGAAAGCCGAGGAGGCAGGAGUUACCGCUGCUGGCUCCUAUGGAUGUGACGCAUAGCGAGAUGCUGAUACCUAAGGAGCAAUGCCGGGUACAACCAUUAUCUGCUGAAGGGCGGGCGGCCAGCUCGCUGCCGCAUGCCCGGCUAGCCAGGACACCUUCGAUAUCUUCGCAAAGCAGCUUGGACAGCGGGACUUCAAGGGCUACCAGCCACCGAGGAUCCUCACCAGCUAUACGCACAUUUGCUCCUGAUGGACGGACCCUUGAAGCCGGAGCUAGUGGUGUUCCGCGCUCACCAUCGCCCCUCCGCGCGGCUUCACUCGACGUCCGCGCGGCACCGCUCGCACACGGUUCUCUGGCGUCAUUGGCUGAUACUCCGACGCCUUCCAGUCCUAGGCACGCGCCUCCAAGAUGUCUGUCGCCACUUUUGAUGCCGCCAAGACGGAUAGACCGCAGCAACUCGUUAGUGGAAAGCAGCAGUGGUGUCGGUCCACUGAGCCCUGGUGCCAGUGCAGCCAUCAGCUCCCUAGGGGCACUCCAACCGGACCUGUACACGAAGCGAGAGGCUCCUCUGGUGAUAGAGCUGGAAGGUGCAGGGCCCUCGCUCGGCAGAAUCCAUCUGCGCUUGAAGUAUGACUUCGAUCGGUCGGAUUUGGAAGUUCAUCUCAUUGAAGCGCACGAUUUAGCGGGUUACGAAGCCGGGGGUUUCAACGAUCCCUAUGUGCGAGUCACCUUACUGCCUGAAGUGGACACACGGGUUCGUCAGACCCCGGUGCAUCGGAACGAAGCCAACCCCUUCUUUGACCAGCACUUCAAGUUCCCUGUAUCACACGACGAGUUGUCUGAUAAAACGUUGCUGCUGCAAGUUUUUGAUUAUGACAGGUUUUCUCGCAACGAAGUAAUGGGUUCCGCUAAGGUGCCUCUUUCCCGCGUCGAAGUGGCGGGUGGAGCCGAAGUUUGGGCCGAACUUUCCCGAGAGCGGCGUCCACCAGAGGAGUUGCAAGAACUGUUGCUGUCUCUAUCUUACCUGCCUUCGGCUGAACGACUCACUGUCGUCGUGCUGAAGGCCAGGAAUCUAUUGCCACCUCAGGAAGGGAAGGAUGCUUUAGAUGUGUAUGUAAAAGUGUACCUGCUGGUGAACGGCAAACGUGUGAAAAAGAAGAAGACUAACAGAAAAGAGAUCAACAGCCCCGUGUGGAACGAGGCGUUAUCAUUUAGCCUACCGUCUGCUAACCUUCAGGAGGCUUCUAUUGAGGUAUGCGUGGUGAGCGGCGGCGGCAGCGGGCUGGUGGUGGGCUGGUGCUGCGUGGGCGCGGCCGAGCCCGCCGCCGAGGGCCGCCACUGGGCGCAGAUGGCGCACGAGACGCGCAAGGCCGUGGCCAUGUGGCACACCCUCAGAUAGACUGCACAUCCUCUCCCCACACACUCGUCUAGUUUAUCCCGGACCGAUUGGUGCAAAUCUUCUGUAGAAGACGGCCGAUGUUUUGCAAAAUAAUAUCGAUUACAGAAUCGAUUUGGGGAUUAUUCGUUCCAAAUCUGUACACGCGGCGCUGAUAGUUCUCACAUAAAAUUCAAACAUAACGGAUUCAAUCGAUAUCAUUUGGCAAGACCGUGAUAAGGCCCCCUGUUCACUGUUGUCUAGUCAAUGUAGUGACGUCCUAGGUAGGAAGACCAGAUACCAAUAUUUCCUAUUCAUUUUCUGAAGUCAUUCGAGUUUUUGCCUUUCCCUACCUAGUUAUUGCAACCGCCUAGUAUGUUUCUAUAAUAAGAAUGAAGUGCUGAGUGAAAUUCAGGUAUGUAGGAGAUUGGGGUACCUCUUAGUUGACCCAUGCCCUUAAACUUCUUUAUGACGUCACUACUGUACCUACCUACCAUAAAUUACUGUUACUUGUCUGUAUCGACUAUCGUAGACUUUCACUAUAAGAUGCCUAAUCUACAUUGUAAUUAUACUUCGCAGAGCCUAAGUUUGCUCAAAGAAACAGAAACUGUAUCAUACUUUAUCACUGUUAGAAACAAAAAUGUGUCUGAUAUUCAAUAGAUAGUAGCUUCACAAAUUCGUGUUUCGAAUCUUGCAAUACUGUUAUAUUUAAAUGUCACUAGUCAUUUGUAUAAAAUGUUAUUGAUAUGCAGCUCGCUACACGAAGCACUUAGUAGGUGUACUGUUAGCUUUAUCGCUCUUCGAUAAACUGACGAGAAGUCAUGUGAGCGAAUCGUCUGUCUCUGAGAGAAGGUAAUAAAUAAGUGUAAUAUCCCUUUAUCAAGACUUAUACCUUGUAUUACACUCCCUGCCUUCCUAUACUGUCCAGUCUAAACUGUGGGCUCUAUACUAUACUUCCUGAUAUUAUAAUGAAAUUGUAUCAACAAAUGUUUUAAAAAUAUUUAUCUUGUUAAACUUUAUAAAAAUAUAACAGACUAUUUUCGACGUGGUAAAUUAUAUUGAGCUUUUGAAACACCAAACAAAAUCUUAUGAAUUUAUAGAAUUUUAUAUAAGAAAUGUUAAUUUUUGAAAAUAAAUUUUAAUAUCAUUGUCCAAUAGAUGAUGUGAAUAAAUAAAUACGACUAUUUCUAUCUCCUGUACUUAUGUGUGCCCACAGUUGUUCUGUCACAUAACUAGAUAAUAUUAUAAAUACCUACUUAUUAGUACGUAGCCAUUCAAUAGAGUGGCCUCCGUCUGUUCAAGGGUUUUAUGAAUUAUAUCGAAUUUUAUUCCAAAAAUAUACGUACAUAUUUUUAUCUAAGUGUAUGUAUCUGUGUGAAGAGGUAUAUUACUUUUUAUUUUCUUUACAAUGUCUGAAUAAAAUGUCUAUUUGUAAGAUUAAAUGUGGUUUUACUGGUAGAAAUAAAUAAAUAAAAAUACAA